CCGGGCUCGCUCCUCCUUUUGCUCUCCACUCCUUUGCCCCGUCCCUCUGUCCCCUGGUUCCGCCAUACGGCAGGGCCAGUCUCUCCUUCCUUCCCCAGACACACGUGCGGCAGAGGCUAGCGCACCGAGACUGAGAUGCCGUCGAAGAACAGCAAGAUCGUAAGCGAGGGCGACCCGCUCGCGUACAUCCUCGCUCCGCCUCCGAACGAGACGGAGGAGCAGCGCAUGGCGCGACUCGCUGCGGAGGCGGAGGCGAAGCGGAUCUCGGACGCGAUCGACGAGGAGCUGCAGAGGCAGGCAAAGGAAUUGAAGCGCGCCCCGAAGCCCGUGAAGAUCCUCUUACUUGAUUUCCAGCUGAUGAACACCCCGAAGGCGUUCCGGGCAGAGCGCGCCUCGUGGCGUUCGGUCGUCCACCUAAACGUCGUCCGCUCCAUCCGCGCUAUUCUAGAAGCCAUGUCCGACGCGCAGCAGCACCAGAUGUCCCUGAACGCCUCGCCCACGCGCAUGCACGCGCCCGACCUGACGCACUCCUCUUCCAUGUCUUCCAUCGCAUCACGAUAUCGCCAUCCGCCAUUGACGUCGGAGCACCUCAAGCUCAAGCUCCGCCUCUCGCCGCUCAUCCAGGUCGAGGAGGCACUCAUCCGAAAACUGACCCCGGAGGGCUCAGGAGAGAUCGAAGCGACGCAGCUGCGGACACACGGCUCCCGCGCAGACCGCGCGAGGGCGCUGGACAAGGAGCUGGCCGUCAACAGCCACUUUGCAUGGAAAGGCGUCAUUAACAGGGUGCUCAGCCGCAACAGCCAGGACGAGGAGCCGUACGACCCCGACGAUCCUGUGCAUAUCCUCCACGCGUGCGCGGCAGACAUGAUCACGCUCUGGAACGACUCGACUAUCAAGAAGAUGUUGCGCGCCCAGGGCAUCCAUCUCGAGCAUUUGCCCGGAUUCUUCCUCGACUCUCUAGAACGUGUUACACAUCCUAGGUAUAUGCCCACGGAUGACGACAUCCUGCGUGCCAGGCUGAAGACUCUGGGCGUGUCCGAGCAUCGUUUCCAGAUCAAAGAGGGUUAUGCAGGUGGCUUCUCGCGCGACCUGCGGAUAUACGACGUCGGCGGGCAUCGGUCACUGCGAGCUGCUUGGGCGCCGUUCUUCGAUGACAUGAACGCGAUCCUUUUCCUCGCUCCCCUCAGCGGCUUCGACCAGGUUCUUGCGGAAGACGAGACCGUGAAUCGGUUAGAGGACUCGGUUCUUCUUUGGAAGUCGAUAUGCUCCAACCCGCUCCUUGGGAAGACCAACCUUAUCCUGUUCUUGAACAAGAUCGACAUCUUCCGUGCGAAGCUCGACGCGGGCAUCCAGUUUGGCCAGUACAUCAUCUCGUACGGGAAUCGGCCAAAUGACUACGAUAAUACGUCUUCAUAUAUGCGCAGGAAGUUUGGCCAGAUUCACAAGGAGUACUCGCCGCAGGCUCGUACGUUUUACUGUCACUUCACUUCGGUGACGGACACGAGGUCCACAUCGGAGGUCUUGGUCAACAUCCAAGAAAUGAUCAUGAUGGCCAACCUCCAGAACACCCACUUAACUUGAGGUCGCACACGCUCUCCAGUGGUCUCAUUUCCGUCGCCCAUAUACCUUAGGUCCGGCCUCGAAGUCUUACGGCCGCUUCUUCGCCUAAAAUUACCCACUCGCUAUUGCUCGCUGACGACUUGCGUUGGUGCUGGCCUGCCACGCACCCGACGGUCGCUCGUUAAUGGCUGCUACACUUACACUUGCUAUACCAUCUUCACGCUCACUGUUGUAUUAUAGCUCGCUCGCGGUUACGCUGCAUGUUACACUUGCUCGCUCUCAGAAUGCUAUCGACGUUAGACUUGCC